AUGCCCGCUGCCACUCGUGCCGUCCUGCGGCAAUCGCAGUUCCUGACCCGUCGGACCGUGGUCAGACACUCUUCCACCACUUCCGAGGCCGCCAACAAGGCCGGCCAAGCUGCUUCCAAGGCUACCGAUGGUCUCUCCAAGGCCACUGCUGCCGCUGGUCCUGCCAUCUCCAAUGCUGCCUCCGCCCUCCGCAAGGUCGGCGGCCCUGUCGGCAAGGUCGUCUCUUUCGUCGACUCCAUGAUUCCCCCUACCCUCUACUACUCCCGUGUCGGUCUUGAGCUCGGCAAGCUGGUUUUCCGUGGCCAGAACAUGACUCCUCCAACCCCGCCGCUAUCAAGAGCCUGCCUUCCCCCCCAGAACUUCCUGGCCCGCGUCCGCAACGCCAGCCCCAAGGAGAUGGCCCUCGCCGGUGUCACCGCCGCUGAGGUCAUCGGUUUCUUCACUGUCGGCGAGAUCAUCGGUCGUUUCAACCUUGUCGGCUACCGGGGCGAGCCUGAACACCACCACUAG